UCCACGUGACACCGCGUCUAGAUUGCCGUCAACAAGUGUGAGACGAGUCGAGUUUAGCCUGCUAAUAGUUCGGGGGGAGAUCUUUUGGUGCCCUUUCAAGUAAACGUACCGGAACUCGGAUUAUAUCCUAACGACAUCGACACGUCCGCAGGCGUAGUGUGCGUUGAAAGCCAUGGUGGACAACAACAACAGCAAGGAAGAGGGGGGCGCGGGUGAAGCGGGGCCGCCCGCCGGUGGCCCGCACAAGCGACAGCCGUGCCGCUUCUUCUCCCAAGGGAGACGCUGCAAUUACGGGGAGAGGUGCCGCUUUGUCCACCAGAGAGAAAGGCCCGGCGUCGAAGAGAGGGACGCCAACAGACGGGCUGCUCUCGGCGGCCUGAAGGAAACGAGUCCCGGGCGGCCCGACGCAGAGAGCCCUGUAAAUGUGUCCCCCGGGCCGCUUGUCCACCCAGCGGCCAAAAGAGACGGGCUUACCCGCCGCCCCUGUCGCUACUUCCUCUCGGGCUUUUGCACCAUGGAAGAUGGAUGUCGUUUCUGGCAUCCGCCCCAGUUCCCCCCAGUCGGGGACCAGCCCGCACGCGGAGCGGAAAACAGACAUGCGCAGAGGACGCCAGCCCCCCGUCCCGGCACCCUUCGGGAGGUCAAGCUCUGUGACCUUACGGAGGAUGUCGCCAGGCGGCUCCGAGACACGGAAAUCAGGCAGAUGACGAAACGUUUCCCCCGAGAUCAGCUCAUUAUUCAGGAAAGAAGCGACGGCCGGGUUACCUUUUACAGGGCCACCGUAGAGGCCACUGAUCCUGACUGGCCUUUUGACCUGAAAGAAAUCGAUAUUAUGGUGAGCUUCCCAGAUAAAUACCCACAAGAGAUUUUCACCAUAGAAAUUCCAGCAGACCAGGAUCUACCGUCAAUAAUGGGAAGCCAUGUACAACAAGCAUCGCUGGAGUGGCUUCAGGCCAAGCAUGCCACCAAUCAGCUCAUGGGAAAAGUAGAAUUGCUGUUUCGGCCAUUUCUGCGCUGGUUUGACCGUAGUAUGGAGAGACUGCUCACUGAAGGAGCCAGGCAGCUGAAAAAGGAUAUAGAUUUGGAAAGAGCUGGAUUGCAAUUUAUACCGUACCAAGAGCUGCAGGCUGCAGUAUCCCAAGAACCUCCCACCACUGACCCAUCUGACCAUGCCUCCAGCACUGUCACUGAGGGGGACAUGGAUGGAGGGAGACAAAGGGAAAGCAUGGAGACAGACAGAACAGAUGAGGAAGGAAACGUAAUGGUGCGGGCAGGGGCCGAUCUUAAUGAACAGUGGCAGCGGGAGGAUGAGGAUAGCGAGGAGGUAUCCAGUAAUCUGGUGGAGAACAUUAAGAUCAGCGAGCCCCGCAGAGGCACAGAGGUGAAGCUGUUGGGCCUGAGGCUGGGGGACAACACAGCCACCGUGGCGGCCAGACAGAUCACUGUUAGUCUUCAGUGCAGCAGGUGCAAGGUGACAGCGGACCUGACGCUGAGUGGCAGGAAACCCUGCUUGGCUCAGUGUGAGAAGUGCAGUGCAAGCAUCAGCGCCACUUUCAGGCCCAGCAUGCUACACCAUUACAGUGAUGUGCUGGGAUACCUGGACCUCCAUAAUGCUGCUCCCAUUGACCUUGUUCUCCAGGACUGUCAGCUCAGUGUAGGUUGCCUCAGCUGCUCCCAAGAGGGCCCUGUGCAGGACAUUUCCUAUGGUCAAGCUAAGGCACUUAAUUGUGAGCACUGUCAUUGCAAACUCAGUAUCCUGGCUGACAGCGCAAGAUUCCAGUAUAUUCCACCACGCUCCAACAAAACAGGCCAAAGUGAUGUUGUUCUAAAUUAUCCGAGGAACAUAAGAGAUCCUGCUGUUCAAAAAGGGAAGCCACUGCCCGAAAAAGGAACAUGCAAGCAUUUCAAACAGAGCUAUCGCUGGCUAAGGUUUCCCUGUUGUGGCCGGGCCUAUCCCUGUGACUUAUGCCAUGACGAGGAGCAAGACCACCUGAUGGAACUGGCCACAAGGAUGAUCUGUGGCCACUGUGCCAAAGAGCAGCCUUACAGCAAUGCAAAGCCGUGCAUCAGUUGUGGAGGCAUGUUAACAAGAGGAGCAAACACGAGCUACUGGGAGGGAGGACUGGGAUGCAGGAACAAACUGAAAAUGAACAGAAAUGAUCGGAAAAAAUAUGCCAACACCAGCAAAACUGUUUCCCGAAAGGCAGCUGGUGAGAGCAAGUAAUCUGUGGAGAGGAACAUUACAUGAUUUGUGGUCAAGUUUUUUUAAAUCCCCCCCCCCUUUUUCUCCCCAAUUGAAUUUGGCCAAUUACGCCACUGUUCUGAGCCAUCCCGGUCGCUGCCUCGCCCCCUCUGCUGAUCCGGUGAGGGCUGCAGACUACCACAUGCCUCCUCCCAUACCCGUGAAGUCGCCAGCUGCUUCUUUUCACCUGACAGUGAGGAGUUUCGUCAGGGGGACGUAGUGCGUCGGACAGGGAUAGGCAACAUGGUCCAGAAAGGUCCGGUGUGAGUGCAGGUCUUUGUUCCA